CAGUGUUUAUUUUAAUUUGCGUAUAGCUCUUGUAUAUUCACAAUGAGUGUCACUACAAUGGAUUACGGUCCAUCUUUAAUUACAAGUACGUUAGCCUGCGAAACUAUGAAUAGAGCAGAGCAACCAUGUCGAUUUGAUGAUUCAACAUCAUUUAUGCAAAAUAAAUGUGGUAACAUGACAGCUUUUAUGUUGCUCUUGCAAACAGUCAUGUUAAAUGAUUGUGAAAUUGCUGAUCCUUGUAGAAGACCAGAAACCAAUGACAUCAAUGACGAUGAACAAUUUGAUUUUAUUGUUGUUGGAGCAGGUUUAGCUGGUCCAGUUAUUGUUCGUCGAUUAGUUGAUCAUUUUCCAUCAAGCAGUAUUCUAUUGGUUGAAGCAGGUCCAUCAGAGCCAACAAUGAAUUCAUUUCCAGGUUUUGCUUUCAAUGCAAUUAAUUCAGAUCUCGAUUGGAAUUUUAAAACAGAACCAACUGAAGGAAAUCCAACUGCUUGUUUAGAAACAGAUGGUGUUUGUAGUUGGCCACGUGGAAAAAUGAUUUCUGGAACAAGUGGAUUUUAUGGUAUGAUGUAUAUCAGAGGUCAUCCAGAUAUUUAUAAUAGUUGGGCAGAUGAUGGAAGUACUGGUUGGUCUUAUGAUGAAAUUGAAAAAUAUUUUGAUCGUGCAGAAGAUUUUCAAGAUUAUGGAAUGAUUCCAAAUGACAUUGAUGAUGAUGGUGGUUAUUAUUAUGAUAAUGAUGAUGAAGAAGAUGAUGAUGAUGAUGAUGAUGACAAUAAUGAUAUUGAUAAUAAUGACAUUGACAAUAAUGAUAUCGAUGAUAAUGAUAAUGAUAAUAAUUCAACAGAAGAAGACAGCAACAUUGCACUUUUAAAAGUUGAAUAUUUCCAUCAUAAUCCAAUGUUUUCAGAUGUUAUACUUACUGCUGCUCAAGAGCUUGGCUACACUGAACCAACAUGGAAAGGACCAAAUCAAACUGGUUUUUUGCAUGCACCAAUGAUAACAGACAAUGGACAAAGAGGAACAACAUCAAGAUUUUAUUUGCGACCAAUUGCUCAUGCUGAAAAUCUCAAGGUAUUAAUUAAUGCUUAUGUUACGAGAAUCAUUAAAAAUGAACAAGACAAUGGUGUUGAUGGUAUUGAAUUAAUUGACAAAAAAGGAAAUAAAAAAAUAAUAAAAGCAAAUAAAGAAGUAAUAAUAUCAGCUGGUGCAGUUGGAUCACCACAAAUACUUUUAUCAUCUGGAAUUGGACCAAAGGAAGAUUUGGAAAAUUUAAAUAUUUCCGUUUGGCAAGAUCUUCCAGUUGGUAAAAAUUUACACAAUCAUGUAUCAGUUGGCAUAAGUAUGAGUAUCAAUGACACAUAUUAUCAGGAUAUUACACUUGAGUCAAUUAAUGAAUUUAUAGAUAAUCGUUCAGGGCCUUUGUCAAGUACUGGUAUAACACAAAUUACAGCAUUUUUAGAGAGUAAUUAUUCAAUCCCUGGAGUUCCAGAUAUUCAAAUAUUUUUCGAUGGAUUCAGUUCAGUAUGUCCUAAUUAUGGUCUUGAUAGAGAAUGUCAUAAUGGAAGAUCAAAAUCAUGUCCAGAUCGUCGUAGUAUUACAGCAAGACCAACAACAGUUAUUCCUCGUACACGAGGAACUUUAAAAUUACGAUCAAAUAAUCCAGAAGAUCCACCACUUAUUUAUCCUGAUUAUUUUACUGAUCCAGUUGAUUUGGAAAUUCUUCUUGAUGGAAUUAAAAAAGUCACAGAGCUUCCAGAGACAGACGCUAUGAAAGCAUGGGACUUGAGAUUGGAAGAAGAAAUUAUACCUGAAUGUUCCAGUUACGAGUUUGCUAGUGAUUUUUAUUGGAGAUGUUUGAGUCGUGUUAAAACUGGACCAGAAAAUCAUCAAGCUGGUACAUGUAAAAUGGGUGCAGCUGAUGAUCCAUCAUCUGUCGUUGAUCCAGAGCUUCGAGUUAUUGGAAUUUCUGGUUUACGAGUUGCAGAUGCAUCAAUAUUUCCAACUGUACCAAAUGGAAAUCCAGCUGCUGGAAUUGUUAUGGUAGCUGAAAAAGCAGCUGAUUUAAUUAUUCAAACUUGGGAUAAAGAAUAAAAUAUUUUAUUCUUAAUUAAUAGUUGAAUUAUUAUUUGUUGAUUAGAAAAAUUAAACUGUUAUUAAAUUUAUUUUGUCAUUUGGAUUUCAAUAAAAACAAUAAAUAAAUAAAAAUAUAUAUUAUAUAGUUGUUUUAUCAAACUAACAUUUGAUAUGAGUCCACGAGUAUUGUGUGUGCGUGUUUAAAGAUGAUGAUAAUAGAGUAUAUUUAAGUGGAUGAUAAGUGCUAUACAACCGGUUCUCAUCUAUCUAUCUUGAGCAUAAUAUCAUAGCAUCAGACAAAGUCGACAGUCAAGUAGUCUGCCCCUUCCUGAUUUAUUUUUUUAUUUUUUUUUUUUUCAACAACACAGCUGACAACACAGCUUCAAUGCCACCACACCACGUAGACUUUUGUUUGUAUGAAUACAGACAGACACAACUUGUCUCUUCAAUAAAAUUUAAAAAUUAUAUUGCUUUUGCUUUUGUAUUUUUUAAUUAUAAAAAUUGUUAUCAGUGUGAUUAGUGCUGUGCUUUUAUAUAUUAUUAAAAUAAAUAAAAAUGUUACGUUUGUGUUUAUCCCAAUGGAAAAUCCAAAAUUCAAUGAGAAAAAAAGUUAAAAUAUUUAUCAAUCCUUUGAUAGAUAAUUACAAAAAUAAUAAAAAUAAAAACAUUCGAGAAUAUGGAACAGAAAAA